CAGCUUGCCUUGACUAGCCACAUGUAACAUCGAGCUGUUGAAGUCGUUCACGAACAUUCUGCCUUACCAGCGCCAAUGUGAGGCCGAUUUGUCUCUGCCAUUCAAACGAUCCCAAUUCUCUCUCCGGUGAAAGUCCGGACACCAACUAUGGCGGACGUCAAGACAGAGAUUAAGCCAGAGAUCAAGGUUGACCCAGCGACACAAGGCAGCAAUCUUGCCGACAUCGAGGAGUUCGAAGACGAUAUCGAUCUUGCCUUCCCUGACCCCAACGCUCAAUCGUGGCUCUUGAAGGUUCCCGAAGACCUGUGGAAGGCAUGGGCCGAGGCAUACAAAGAGGCACCGGACGAUGUACAAAUCGAGAUUGGGAAGAUGCACGUUCCUAAGAACCCCACCGUGUCAAUUCAAGAACAAGCGCUACAGAUCUAUCUGCACCCUCACGUACCGCAGCACCAGAACAUCCCGAAGAAAUUCCAUGUCAAGGUCAAUACCGAUGGCUACAAUAAUACAGUGGUAUUCUCAGAAAAGGACCUACCAGGCCACCGUCCGCUACAAGCGUUCCGCAAUCGGAGCUACCUUCAAGGCUCGAAGCCUACUGGCGUUCCAUCGCGCGACCAGCGCUACGGAAACAACAACAAAUUCGGCAGGUCACGUAGCGCCAUACCCAAGCAGACUGCACUAGCGCCUCUAGUACAGCACGAGGCGACCGUGACUCCAAUGAUAGACGCAAACUACGAGGCUGACUUCGCCGCAAAAUGGCAAGCACACAUGGCACCCAAGUCGAGGACAACGUUUAUCGAAAAUGUUGACCGUAACCUGGCGACGGGCGUUCCGUCGAAGCUCAGCACAUUUAGCACCUUCGGCACCACUUCACGACCAGGCGCUAAAGGCAAGAAAGCAGCAGCCAAAGGCAAAGACAAAGCCGUGCGUAUGGACCGCGGCGAUCUGCUGGAUGCAUUACAGCGCUGCUUCCGACGGUACCGGUACUGGAGUAUGAAGGCUCUCCGUAACGAGCUGCGGCAACCGGAGGUCUGGAUCAAGGAGGUUUUAGAGGGCAUUGCGUUCCUCGUGCGCAGCGGAGAUUUUGCGAUGAACUGGACGCUGAAACCGGAGAUGCAGAGCAUCAUCCAAGAAGAGGAUGAAGUCAAGCAGGAGACUGCGCCGCAGGUCAAGGCGGAGAGCGGGACCGAGGGAGAGGGCGGCACUGGCGAUGAGUUUGGGGAUGAUGACGGCGAUGAUGAUUUGGGGGGAUUCGAGGAUGUGCAAAUGGAAGGUGGUGUGUGAGGGUCCUAUCAUGGACACCCAUCUGCUGUAAGCUUUGAGCGAGGCGUUACUCAGUGGGAAGUCGCAUUUAGUUGAAGAUGUGGACACCAUCCCAGAUCUGCUGGAUUGAUAAACAACUAAAGAUCAUUGGCAACUCACUCGUUUUGACUAGCAUCUGUCCCAUUCUUCCCCACCUGUUGCACACCUUGUCUUGUUGACAAAGCGAAGAUGGCUGCUCGGCCCGCGAAUGGCGUGCUCCGGCC